AUGGCUGGAGAAUCAUCAAGACAAAAGACUGUCAUCAUCGGGGCUGGUCCUGUCGGAGCUUUGGCAGCCUUGUAUGCAGCUCAACGAGGGGAUGAUGUAGAAAUAUAUGAGCUUCGAAGUGAUCUUCGGGAUCCUUCCACAACACCUUUAAAUUUCACAAAGUCUAUCAAUCUCGCUUUAUCAGAACGAGGUAUCAAUGCUAUUAGGCAAUCUGGUCGUACAGAGCUUCUUGAUAGUAUCAUGAAAGAGGCGAUUCCAAUGGGGGGUAGGAUGAUUCAUGGCGAGACGGCUAAUAAGGAGCUUUAUGAGCAGUCCCAAAAUUAUGAUAUUCAUGGAAGAUCAAUUUAUGCCGUGGAUAGAGGAGACCUCAAUAAACGAUUACUAGACGAACUCGAGUCUUUACCUAAUGUCGAAUUCAAGUUCAAUCACAAAUUAACGGGAGCAGACUUCAAGAAUAAAAAGGCAUGGUUUGAAGUUCACGGUGGCAAAUCACUUCAAUGGUCGGUCGAAAUCAGAGACCAAGAGGUAGAGGUCGAUUUUGAUUUUCUCAUUGGAGCCGAUGGAGCCCAUUCGGCUACACGUUAUCACUUAAUGAAGUACCUCCGUAUGGAUUAUCAGCAAAAAUAUAUCGACACUUUGUGGUGUGAGUUUUCGAUAGAGGCUCAAAAACAGACUGGAGAGGACCCUGAAUCCGUAUUCAAAAUAUCCCCACAUCAUUUACAUAUCUGGCCUGGUCAAGACUUUAUGUUCAUUGCGAUUCCUAGCACAGACGGUUCUUUCACAUGCACUCUCUUCAUGCCAUCGGGUCCAUUCAAUGAACUCGAAGCAGACCCUAAAGACGUCCCUUCGUUUUUCGACAAACACUUUCCGGGUGUCACAAAACUGAUCGAUCAUACCUCAUUAAUAUCAUCUUUCACCGACAACCCUCAUCUUCCACUUAUAAGUAUAAAGUGUAAACCCUACCACUUCCUGGACUCGGUCGUCAUCCUCGGCGAUGCAGCUCACGCAAUGGUUCCCUUCUACGGACAAGGAAUGAACGCCGGUUUAGAAGAUGUUCGCGUUCUCUACUCUGUUCUCGAUACCGAAAAGCGCAAUUUCCCUCUUCUUAGUAGCGAAGCAUGUCGUUCUCUCGCUCUCAGCGUAUACUCGGAAAUCCGCAAAUCCGAUGCCCACGCCAUCAACGAUCUCGCUCUUGAAAACUACACGGAAAUGCGCGCCUCGGUGGUCUCAUCCGUCUACAAAUUUCGCAAAUGGCUAGAGGAAACAUUGAGUGUAUACGUCCCCCGACUCGGAUGGCAAACCAAAUACUCUCGUGUGAGUUUUAGCAAUGAACGAUACUCUGAAAUCGUACGCAAGAGCGAGAGGCAGGGGAAAUUGAUCUUGGUAGGAUUAGUAGGUGUAUUGACAUCACCGAUGGUGGUGGGAGGGCUCCUGGCUUAUUAUAGAUGGAGAAGAGCUCAUGCACCCACGAGGGGAUUCUUGAAAUUGGGUGGGAAGUUGGGUGUGUGGUUAGGGUGGAAUACGGCUUAG